AUGGGUCCCGUCUUCUCGGCCCCUUACGAGCCGUUGCCGUCGCACGUCAACUUCUUCUACGACGGAAAGGUGGUCAAACUUGGGGCCGCCGCCGAAGAAGUGGCUGGAUUUUACGCUCGGAUGCUCGACCACGAGUACACGACGAAGGAGAUGUUCAACAACAAUUUCUGGAAGGAUUGGCGAAAGACAAUGACUGCGGCCGAGCGGGAAUUGAUCACUGACUUGAAGAAGUGCGACUUCCGCCAGAUUGACGAGCACUACAAACUCCUUUCUGAACAGCGCAAAGCCAUGACGAAGGAAGACAAGUUGAAAUUGAGGGAGAAAAAUGAGGCCGACAUGAAGGUUUACGGGUUCGCAAUUAUCGACGGGCACAAGCAGAAGAUAGGGAAUUUCCGGUUGGAGCCCCCGGGUCUCUUCCGUGGUCGUGGUGGCCAUCCGAAGAUGGGUAAAUUGAAGCGUCGCGUCAUGCCGGAAGAUGUGAUCAUCAACUGUUCAAAGUGCUCCGAGAUCCCGAAGCCUCCCCCUGGCCAUAAGUGGAAGGAGGUCCGACACGACCCAAAGGUCACUUGGCUGUGCUGCUGGACGGAGAACGUCGGCGGGCAAAAUAAAUACAUGAUGCUGAACGCGAACAGCAAGAUAAAGGGCGAGAAGGACUACUCGAAGUUUGAGACGGCUCGACGCCUCAAGACUCGCAUUGACAAUAUUCGGGAGGUCUACCGUGGCGACUGGAAGAGCAAGGAGAUGAGGCUUCGACAGCGCGCGGUUGCAUUGUACUUUAUUGAUAAGCUGGCUCUUCGUGCGGGUAACGAAAAGGAUACCGAAGAAGCCGCAGACACUGUUGGUUGCUGCUCUCUUCGUUGCGAGCACAUCAACCUCCACGAGGAACUGGAUGGGCAAAAUUACGUGGUAGAAUUCGACUUCCUCGGAAAGGAUUCCAUUCGUUACUACAACAAAGUGCCCGUCGAAAAAACUGUCUUCAAGAAUCUCAAGCUGUUCAAGGAAGGCAAGGAGCCGGAUGACGACCUGUUUGAUCGGCUUGAUACCUCCACUCUUAACCAACAUCUUCAAUCGCUCAUGCCGAACUUGACGGUCAAGGUGUUCCGUACCUACAACGCAUCCAUCACGUUGCAGGAUCAGCUGGACAAAUUGACAAAUCCGAAAGACAACGUGCACCAGAAGAUCCUCUCCUACAAUCGCGCCAAUCGACAGGUCGCCAUCCUGUGUAACCAUCAGCGUGCGGUGCCAAAGACUCACGACGCGAGCAUGGCGAAUUUGGAAAAGAAGAUCAAAGACAAGAAGAAAGAGCUGAAGGAUGCGAAGGCCGAGUACGAGAAGGCAAAGUCCGGUGACAAGGAGAAGGCUAAGAAAAAGAUGGAUCGAUUGAAGGACCAGUACAAGAAGCUGAAGAUCAAUCGCACUGAUAAGGAUGAGAACAAGCAGAUUGCUUUGGGUACUUCAAAGCUGAACUAUCUCGAUCCGCGGAUCACGGUCGCCUGGUGCAAGAAGAACGAUGUGCCAAUUGAAAAGAUAUUUUCCAAGACUCAUCGCGACAAGUUCCGAUGGGCGCUCGAUAUGGCUGAUGAAGAAUUCGUGUUC